CUCUUUCACUUUGGACUGUUGAAGAGAUUCUUCAUCGUCCAUUCGUUUAAGACAUUUUUCAAGCAGAAACUACACAGUUUUCAAGUCAUCGACAAAAGAUACAAAAAUGUCUUACAAUCAACAAAAUGGCGGUGGCUACCAGGCCCGUUCUAACGGUUUUUCGGGCCAAAGAAACGGCGGAGGCGGCGGUUUCAGGGGCAAUGGCGGAGGAUUCAGAGGAGGCAAUGGCGGUGGAUUCAGAGGAGGCAAUUCCGGAGGCUUCCAAAACCGCAACGGGGGCGGUGGCGGUGGCUUCCAAAACCGCAAUUUCCAGGACAGGAACUCUGGCGGCUUUGGCAAUAGCCAACAGAACUAUGGCCAGGAGCUGCGCAAAGUUGAAUGGGCCAACAAGUCCCUGAGGCCCUUCACCCAAGCUACAUAUGUGCCGCAUCCUUCUGUGGCCAACAGAACGCCAUUUGAAGUUGAACAAUACAGGAAAUCCAAGGAGAUCAUCGUGGAGGGCGACGCCCCCAAUCCCAUCCAGAACUUCGACGAGGCCAACUUCCCCGACUACGUGAUGGCGGAGAUAUUCAAUCAGGGCUACGAGGCGCCGACGCCCAUCCAGGCGCAGGGCUGGCCCAUCGCGAUGAGCGGCAAGGAUAUGGUGGGCAUCGCGCAGACCGGAUCGGGCAAGACGUUGGCCUACAUUUUGCCUGCCGUCGUGCACAUCAACAGCCAGCCGCAGAUACAGCAGGGCGAGGGGCCGAUCGCUCUUAUCUUGGCGCCGACGAGAGAGUUGGCACAGCAGAUACAGAAGAUCGCUAAUGAUUUCGGCAGGUCGACUAGGAUCCGCAACACUUGCAUUUUUGGAGGAGCACCCAAAGGGCCCCAGGCUCGUGACUUGGAAAGGGGCAUCGAAAUUUGCAUCGCCACCCCGGGACGUCUCAUCGACUUCCUGGAAAAAGGCACCACCAAUCUAGAACGAUGCACCUACUUGGUGUUGGACGAGGCCGAUAGAAUGUUGGACAUGGGUUUCGAGCCCCAAAUCAGGAAGAUUUUGGGCCAGGUGAGGCCCGAUAGGCAGACGCUCAUGUGGUCGGCCACAUGGCCCAAGGAGGUGAAGAAACUGGCCGCCGAUUAUCUGAAGAGUCCCGUACAGUUGAACGUCGGCUCGAUGAAUUUGUCGGCGAAUAAUAAUAUCGUGCAGAUCGUGGACGUUUGCCAGGAGCACGAGAAGGAGUUCAAAUUGAGUACCCUUCUGCAAGAAAUCAACGCCACCCCUGACCCCGGCUCGAAAAUCAUCAUUUUCGUGGAGACCAAAAAGAAGGUGGAGGGCAUCACGAGCAACAUUCGCAGGACCGGCUGGCCCGCUUUGUCCAUGCACGGCGACAAAAGUCAACAGGAAAGAGAUUACGUUUUGAGGGAAUUCCGUGCGGGGAAAUCCUCGAUUCUGGUUGCUACCGAUGUGGCGGCUCGAGGUUUAGAUGUGGACGGGAUAAAGUACGUAGUAAACUACGAUUAUCCCCACUCUUCUGAGGACUACGUCCACCGGAUCGGCAGGACAGGUCGUUCCGACAAUGUCGGUACCUCCUACGCCUUUUUCACCCCCUCCAACUUCAAACAGGCCAAGGAUUUGGUGUCCGUCCUCAACGAAUCCAAUCAGGCUGUUAACCCGAAACUUUCUGAAAUCGCAAAUAGAAUCGGCGGUUUCGGUAACAAAGUGAGUCGGUGGGGUGGUAACAAUAAUUUCAACAAGGGGGGCUAUGGUGGAAACAAUUCUGGACAGAAGUUCCAGAAAUUCGGAGGCGGUUUCGGCGGCGGCUUCAAGACAGGUUAUUGAGAGCAGAGAACUUCGAAAAUUAGGUAUGACGGACUAUUUUGAUUCUCCAUUCAGUAUUUACAUUUCCUGUGUGUUUGACAAUGCACUUUUUUUUUAAUAUCUGACUAUUCAAAUAUUUAUAUUUUUUGUAUCUUUGAUGUGAAUUAACUAGGCAUAAGCAACCUAGGAAAUCUAGAUGGAGCUUUUCGGGUCACAUUCUCUAGAAGUGGAUCUCUAGUUAGAGUAUGAUGUGUUUAGUUGAAUUUAUGUAAUCUGUGAUAGGAUAUAAUGGUUCAUUUCUCUCUCGAUAACGAGAAUAUCUGGUACUUUGUCCCCAUUAUGACUGAGAAAACAGUUUGACAAAACAAAAAAUAAAUGACAAAGAUAUUGUC